GCUUUUGCCGGUAAUGCAAGGAAAUUUAGAACGGAAUUCCUUCAAGACUUCCCUACGCCGGGCACAGGGCCUUAUUUUGACACAACUGUGUCAUCAAACGUGACGGGACUAGUUGGAAAAACAGUUCAUCUCAUAUGUAAAGUUAAAAACUUAGGAAACAGAACGGUAUCAUGGGUACGUCACAGAGAUAUUCAUCUUUUGACAGUAGGACGCUACACAUAUACAAGUGACCAAAGAUUUGAAGCGAUGCACUCACCACAUACGGAAGAGUGGACGCUUCGGAUUCGUUAUGCACAACGAAAGGAUUCAGGCAUUUAUGAGUGCCAGAUUUCCACAACUCCACCCGUUGGACAUUUCGUGUAUUUAACGGUUGUUGAGCCUGUCACAGAAAUCGUCGGCGGAGCAGAUCUAUUUAUUAAUAAAGGAUCAACAAUAAAUCUCACUUGUAUUGUUCGUUAUGCACCUGAACCACCACCAGCUAUGACUUGGUCGCACAAUAGAGAACGAGGCACAAAAAAAAACUCCACAACAAACUUUCUGCUCAUCCAUUUUUCUUGUGUAUAUUUUCAGACAAUUAAUUUUGAUUCACCACGCGGUGGAAUAUCAUUAGUUACAGAGAAGGGUGUUCUUACCACCAGUCGGCUGUUAGUACAAAAAGCCAUUCCAAGUGAUUCGGGCUUGUAUCAGUGCUUACCCAGUAAUGCCAACCCAGCGUCCAUUAGAGUUCAUAUAUUAAAUGGAGAACAUCCCGCUGCAAUGCAUCAUGGCAAAGCAUCAACAUUAUCACUAGAAUAUAAUCUUCUGUUGCUUCUAUCGAUAACAUUCCUCUUCUAUAUCUCACCAAGCAUACGAUGGCGAAAUAAUUAUGCAACACUAAACACUUAGCUAAUUAAUUAUUCAGUUGAUGAGUAAUGAAUUAUUCAUAACUGGCAUUCAAUUAUAAUGCGUAUGCAUUUGAUCAUUUCUAUGCGUGAGUGUAUAAAAUGAAUUUAUCUACUUCUCUGAAGAGAACCAAAAACAAAGACAGAAACAAUUCGUAAAUUCGUUUGAAUUUAUCAAACAACUAUGUAUGAAACGAAUGAAGCGAUAAAUUCAUGAUAGAUAUUUAGAUACUUAAUUGAGAGGCCAUUGUAAUAUAUACAUAAGUAAUUAAAAUGGAUUUAUUCUGAAAAGUGAAUGUGUAAAUAAACUACAUAAUUGAC